AUGGCCGACCAAUUCUUGGCCGAGCAGCACACAUGGACGCUCUUUCGAAAUUCCCAAUCUGACGAAGAGGACAGUUGGGUCAUGCUGACCCGGGAUGGCGAGAUUGUUCCCAUCACCGGCGAGAAGAUACUGCAUACCUCACGCCCACGCGUCAGCCUCGAGGUAACAACACCACGGGAGCUUCAAAUCACCGACCCGUUUUCUCUAAAAUGCGACAACGGCAUCGCCUACAUCACAAAUGAGCGGGUGAUCUUCCUACCGGCGAGGCCGAGUGAGGAUUUCAAAUCCUUCUUCACACCUGUACUGAACUUCUCCGACACACAUGUCCAAUCAUCGUGGAUCGGCCCCUGGAGCUGGGGUGGUACCGUGAGGCCGGUUCCCGGCGGAGGCAUCCCCAUGCAUGUUCCCCGGGUGGACGUCAAGUUUGUAUUCAGGGACGGCGGCCACAGCGACUUCCAAACCAAGUUUGAGUGGCUGAAAGAGCGAUUGAAUCAUGCGCGAGAAUUGGGUUUGAUACCUGCGCAGAACCUCGAGCCUCCGCCGCCGUACGAGCUCAACACUGCGGAACCGUCCUCGUCUGGCGCCUCCGGUAACACCCAGGCCGGCACGCAGCAGCAACAGCAACACCAACCACCGCCACAGCAACAACAGCAACGGCAACAACCGCAGCAACCGCCCCAGCCUGCUCCCGACGAGCCGCCUCCGGACUACGUGGAGGCGCAGACCCAGGCCAUCAGCAUACAAUACGAGGAGCGUAUGCGGGAGGAAGCCGAACGACAGUGA